AUGGGCCAUUGGAAGUUUCGAGUGGCCGCCCCAAAACAGGAGUGCCAGAUAUGCGGCCAUACCACCCCCCGGAACUUGAAGAUAUCCAAGCUCCAAGGGCCCUCAAUCGCACUUUGCACUCCUGUUCGGAAACACAGCGUAGAGAACAUCGAGUUUGAAAACAAUACUGACAUGAUGGAACCAGCCUCCGCCGCAAACGGUAUCCCCGCUCCAACGCGACCCUCUCCGGCUGCAGCUAGUACACCUGGAAAACCGCCGUAUGUUGAACGCAGCAACCCAAUGGGACAGGGAGCUGCCCAAACCGUCACUUCCAAGAAUCCCAAGGCCGCUGCCCAAGCUGCCAGCGACAUGAGGAACGUUGUCCGUCGGAAAUUGACUGGUUACGUUGGAUUUGCCAAUCUCCCAAACCAAUGGCACCGCAAGAGUGUCCGCAAAGGAUUCAACUUCAAUGUUAUGGUCGUUGGUGAAUCUGGCCUGGGAAAGUCUACUCUGGUCAACACUCUGUUCAACACAUCCCUGUACCCCCCCAAGGAGCGCAAGGGCCCUAGCCUUGACAUUAUUCCCAAAACCGUUGCCAUCGAGUCCAUCAGUGCCGACAUUGAGGAGAAUGGAGUUCGCCUUCGUCUUACCGUUGUCGACACCCCAGGUUUUGGCGAUUUUGUUAACAAUGAUGACUCCUGGCGCCCAAUUGUCGAGAACAUCGAACAGCGAUUUGAUGCCUACCUCGAAGCUGAGAACAAGGUUAACCGCAUGAAUAUCGUGGAUAACCGCGUCCAUGCAUGCGUCUACUUCAUCCAGCCAACCGGCCACUCUCUGAAACCUCUCGACAUUGAAGUCAUGCGUCGACUGCAUACCAAGGUCAACCUCAUUCCCGUCAUUGCCAAGGCUGACACGUUGACCGACGAGGAAAUUGCUCUUUUCAAGCAGAGGAUACUCGCCGAUAUCCAACAUCAUUCCAUUCAAAUAUUCGAAGGGCCUCGUUACGAGCUUGAUGACGAAGAAACCAUUGCUGAAAACCAGGAGAUCAUGUCCAAGGUUCCCUUUGCGGUUGUUGGAGCAAACUCGGAAGUUACCAGCAGCGAAGGCGGCAAGGUCAGAGGCCGCCGUUAUCCCUGGGGCGUCAUCGAAGUUGACAACGAGGAACACUGCGACUUCGUCAAACUCCGCCAGAUGCUUAUCCGCACCCACAUGGAAGAACUCAAGGAACACACAAACAACGCUUUGUACGAGAACUACCGGUCCGACAAGCUUACACAGAUGGGUGUAGCGCAAGACCCCAGCGUGUUCAAGGAAGUCAACCCUGCUGUCAAGCAGGAGGAAGAACGCACUCUGCACGAGCAGAAGCUUGCUAAGAUGGAGGUGGAGAUGAAGAUGGUGUUCCAACAAAAGGUGCAGGAGAAGGAAAGCAAGCUGAAACAGAGCGAGGAUGAGCUCUAUGCAAGGCAUCGUGAGAUGAAGGAUCAGCUUGAGCGGCAGCGGGCGGAAUUGGAGGAGAAGAAGUCGCGUCUUGAGAGUGGGCGGCCCCUGGAGGAUAAGAUAAAGAGGAAGGGAUUCUCUCUUCGUUAG